UCAGCUGUCAGCUGACAGCUGUCACAUUGGCGCGUCGCGCGCAGCUGCGGCGCGUGGACCGCCACCACCGCCGCUGCGGCAACAACAACACAACGGUGGUGGACGACGAGGACGACGGGCAGUCGGUGGUGAUAGUGGCGACGGUCGGUGGCGAAGGUUAAUCACGGGCGUUCUCUGAAGCGGGAGCUCGACAACUCGCGUCGCGUCGAUUAAGGGGUUACGUAUACGGGAGGAGUUUAGUUUUAGUUUAGUACGCGCCGCGUCAACGACCAGAGCGGCCAUGCUGCGAGUCUAGGAGAAGAAUCGAGCAGUGCAUCUGUGUAUAUCUUCGUUGUGCGUCGUCCUCUCGUCAACGUCAUCCUCGUCGUUCCUCGAAGUCAUGGAAAGCGAGACCUACAGCCCGGGCGGCCUGGCCAGGUUGUCGACGUUGCUGGGCGCCCAGGAGGCCGCGCUGCGUCUCCUCGUCUCCAUUUUAUUGGGAUUUCCGGUUGCUCUCCUUCACAGAUACACGCUCUACGGAAAGGAUCCCAUUCGUCAGCACUUAUUUUUCAUAGCGUGCGGUCUCUCAAUUGGAUACUGGAAUUACGAUUGGAACAUACUUCAUUCAUCAACGGCGGUAUGUGGGACGUAUCUGAUCUUGACGAUGCUCGGCAGUACCGGAUUAUUCGUUAUCGUGACGUUUCUCUUCAACAUGUCAUAUUUACUUUAUGGCUAUUACACAACCAGCACCCAGGAUUAUGACAUAAAAUGGACAAUGCCGCAAUGCGUGCUGACCCUUAGGUUAAUAGGACUUGCAUUUAAUUUAUGGGAUGGUAAAAAACCUGAUAAGGAGCUGUCCAGUAGCCAGAAAGAGGUGGCCUUGAAGGAACGACCGUCGCUACUGGAAAUCGCAGCGUAUGCUUAUUUCCCAGGUGCCUUCCUUAUCGGGCCGCAAUUCAGUAUGCGACGAUACCUGGAUUACGUCAGUGGCAGAUUUUCCGAGCGCGAUCCCGUGACCGGCGCCGUCAAGCUGCCAGAUUGUGUGUCGGCCGGACUGCUGCGAGCCUUCGUCGGAUUUAUAUACGUGGCGAUAUUCCAGAUCGGGACGGUCUACGUUUCCGAUCAGUAUCUCUUCGAGCCGUCAUUCCAGAAAUUGAAUCUGAUAAAAAAAUGUUUGCUCAUCGGCCUGUGGGGCCGGAUCAAUCUCUACAAAUACGUCAGCGUCUGGUUAAUCACAGAAGGGGUGUGCAUUACUUUCGGUCUGACUCACAAUGGAAAAGACUCCCAGGGCCACGUGAAAUGGGACGGCUGCGCGAACGUUAAACUGCGAAUGUUUGAAACCUGCACGCAAUUCAAUCAUUAUAUCCUCUCGUUUAAUAUAAACACCAAUCAUUGGUGCGCGGAGUACAUCUACAAGAGGCUAAGGUUCCUGGGUUCAAAGAUAUACAGCCAAAUAAUAACGUUGUUCUUCCUCGCUCUCUGGCAUGGUUUUCACUCCGGAUACUAUCACUGUUUCUUCAUGGAAUUUGUCAUCAUGUACUUUGAACGAAAGUUCGAACCGAUGUUGCAAAACAGCGAGAAGGUGCAGACGUUGCUAAAAACUCGAUGGGAAGCACGUAUACUCGCUUGGAUCUUUCUGAAGCUUUACACUUUCGUUUUCAUGGGGUAUUGCCUCAUAUCGUUCGUACUUCUUUCGUAUUCACGAUAUAAUCAAGUCUACGCAAGUAUUUAUUAUUGCGGACACGUGUUCUUCCUCUUCUCUGCGUUACUCGCGCCGUAUAUUAAACGAUUGCUCUGCGAAAGGAACGAGCGCGAACGAUCGCACCAAGAAUAAGAUCCCACAAUCUCGCUCGCUUCCGAUUCUCUUAUUCUUGUUGUCGCGAAUUGAAAUAUCCGAGUGAAAGCACUGGAUGAACGCUGGUGUACUAGUUAUACUAGUCUUCAAAUUUUAAAAAAAGAAUGUGAUAGUGCAUAUCCAACCGAAAAUAGGAUAUUAUAUAUACAUAUAUAUAUAGAGCACACAUUAUCAUCACUAUCGCCUUUCACAAUACUUGAGAAUUCUCUAAAACAUAAAUGCCGAAUUUCUCCGUCACUUGACUAUCUCGAUAAUCAAGUUUUACAAGCAACAAAUUUCCUUCAGUAGUAAUCCUGUAAUGAUCGUUUGAACGAAAUAGUACGAUAGUGUUGGAAUGUUAAUCCUGUAUAAAUGAAAAUGAUACUGCUAAGGAAGUUUCCAUUUACAAAUGAACGAGUUAACUUUAGACAAAGAUUCCGCUGGUCGGGAAUUUUGUGGAUCUCUGUUAUUUCGAAAUUUGUAACUUCUUAACCUUAUACAACACACAAAUUUUGAAAGUCCCAAUAAUAAUUCUAGAUAUUUUAGUAUUGUUUUCAUGCAACAAUAUAUAUGUGUUCUCGUAUCUUCAAUCUUGUACGUAGCGUAUUCGAUUGAUGAAAAGUUUUGCUCACUUGUAAAUAUUUCAUCGAUAAUCAUCCGCGGAGAUAUUGCAAUUAAGAAAGAAAAAAUACAUCGUUCUACAUCCUUUUAAUAAUAAGAACGAUUACAAUCGUAAUUGCGGUGUCGAGUGUCAAUAUUCCUGAAAGACUCGAAGGAGAAAGCAAUUUAUGUAUUUAGAUAUUGCAAUAAGAACGUCCACUCGUGAAAAGAUAGAUUGCGUCGCAAAGGAUAUCAGAGGGGAUAUAAUACCGUAAUUUUGUAAGUGCGAAAGUAGCUAUGUAACACGCAGAAGAAAAAAAACGACGUAGAUCAGUAAUCUUCGGAUACGCGUUCCUCAUCUGGUGCGCGCGAUUGAAAUAUCUAUUUUACCGUAGUGCUGCAUUAUAUCAAUACCAAUUUGAAAAUACAAUUUAACUGCGAUUUUCGCUGUAGAGAUGUAAAUACACACACACAUACAUACAAGGAUGAUAGAUUAAAAUUGACUCUAGUCGAGUAUGUAUAGGGUACAUACCUUGCAGUACACGUGUUUCUUUAGAUCAAUAUAAAGUAAGGAUUGAGAAGCGAUUUUCGAUCUAAUGUAUUCGCAGUUAUUUUUUUAGAUAAAAAUCUAACAACGAUC